AUGUCUUCACGAGUCCCUGCUUUCGACUCCCUGCCGCUGCGCAAAGACGGCCCGCGUGGUAACGCGUGGGGCCUAUUUGGGGAUCGAGACGAGAUGGGAAUGCUCAAUCGUCUCACGCCCGAGAAUACGGCUGCCGCCGCGCGUGAAAUCGUGGAGGGGGUGCGCGUAUCGACCGAUUGGAACCUCAACAGCAUGGCCGUUCCGUGCUUUGGACGGUCGGCCUUUGAACACACGGUCAAGAACAAGGCGCCCAGGCCGGUCAACGACGACGUCCUGGUCUUUAAUACGCAGAGCAGCUCCCAAUGGGACGGAUUCCGGCACUACGGCUCCAAGGAAGGGUCCUACUUCAAUGGCUGUUCUCUCGAAGAUAUCCAGACAUCCACGCGAAACGGCAUUCACGCGUGGGUGGAAAACGGUGGUGUCGUCGGCCGUGGAGUGCUUCUGGACUACGCCGCGUGGGCCGAGGUCAACGGCGUCACCGUCAACUGCUUCCAAACCCAAUCAAUUCCACUCUCGGUUCUUCAGCAAGUGGCCGCCAGUCAGAACUCGACAUUCCGACCGGGCGACAUCCUCUUUAUUCGAACGGGUUGGACUCGUGACUACGAGAGACUCUCGCGAGCGGAGUGUCAGCAGCUGGCAGACUACAAGGCACCGCCCGUCAUCGGUGUCGAACAGUCGGAAGAGAUGCUGCGAUGGAUCUGGGACAAUGAGUUCGCCGCGGUCGCCGGCGACAUGCCAAGUUUCGAAGCGUACCCCUGCCAGAACCCGGACUUCUUCCUGCACGAGUGGCUGCUGGCAGGCUGGGGCCUUCCGAUCGGCGAGCUCUUUGACCUGGAGCGCCUCGGUCAGGAAUGUCGCCAGAGAAAGCGCUGGAGUUUCUUCUUCAGCAGCGUGCCAUUGAAGAAAGUUCACGUCGGUCCGAACGAUAAGAGGUGUGGAGUCGAUAACAGCGUCUUUCCCCGCCAACUUCUUGCGAUGGUGCAUAGUAAAGAGAUCUCGCGACGAUCGCAAGACCGCAUGGCUCGCCGGUCGAUGGUAGCGUGCAAUCGAUGUCGCAGUCGUAAGACGCGCUGUGCCGGCAUCCCGCCGCAGCCAUGUGCAGGCUGUGUGGACGUCGGGCACGUUUGCGUCUAUUCAGAGGCCGAAAAGCGAGUUUCAAUUACGGAGAGCUACUAUCGUCAUUUACAGACGCAGGCCCGAUCACCCCGAGGCCCGGUGGAACACACGAGUCGCUCGAGGGAUGCAAACGAAGACAUAGAGUACGAUCGACCGACCCCUACUCCAUCGAGUGCGCAUUCGACGGCCACUCACUACUCGGAUCGGGAAAGAGAGGUGCCCUUGGAACGAGAUGACUGGUGGUUCAAAGGAACCGAUAACCUGUUCCUGAACCGAUCGGGCGAACACCGUAUGCAUCCUGCAGGAUCUCCCAAGACCUUCGUUAAUCAAAGCGGUACAGACUUCGUGGGCGCGUCCUCUACCACACACCUGGCCAAGCGCCUCAAUCCUGCCUCCACCAACCUUGCAUGGGAUGUGCGUCCUCUUUACGACGAUGCCUCCUCCCUGCGACGACCGGUGGCAAGUGCCCUUCCCCAACUGCCUCCUUUUGAUUUUGCCAAGCGGCUCUUCUGGGUCCAGUAUUCCUACAUCGGAACUAUCUUUUCCUUGAUCAGACCCAGGGAAUUUGAAGAGCGACUAGCCUUUGUCUAUCACCAGCCACCCGACUUCUCCCACCGUGAAACAUGCCUGAUUUACUGCCAGACAUUACUCGUCAUCGCAUUUGGAUUGAUGUACUCCGUCAAUCAGUGGUCGGGAGAUGACGGCCCGCCCGGCUUCAAGUAUUUCAAACAUGCCUUGCGCUUCUUGCCUGACAUCCACGAAGAUGGGUCGAUCUUCUUCGUCGAGGUCUUGUGUUAUGUGGCAUACUAUAUGCAGAACCUGAACCGGCGCGAUGCGGCCUUCCUCUACAUCGGGCUCGCCCUCCGCAUGGCUAUCUCGCUGGGUCUUCACCAAGAAGUGUCAGACCCGAGCAUCGGUGAGACGGAUCGAAACCGCAGGCGUCGAGCCUGGUGGUCUGUUUAUAGUCUAGACCGAGUACUCUCCGUCAAAUCUGGCAAUCCCAUCACCAUCCAUGAUGAAGACAUUGGCACUUCGCCGGCGACACUAGAUAUAUCCACUUCUGACCCCUGGCCAUCCAUUGUCCUCACUCACUACACACAGCUCUCCCGAAUCUUAGGCCGAAUUGGCGAGGAGAUCUACCGGAAGAAGCCCCGAUCAGGAUCCAACCUGAUUAUGUCUGUGCAGAGUAUUACGAACGACCUUUCAAGCUGGCUUCGAAAUGCCCCCGAAGGCCUCCGCGUUGAUUUUACCACGCUGGAUACUCACGUUAAUCGAGAGACGGUGUCGAUCAAUCUGCAUUUCUAUUCGUGUGUCAACAUGACUGCGCGUCCGCUCGUCUUCUAUGUUAUCCAGCGACGACUCGACGCCGGAAUUCUGGGCACUUCAGGCGAGGAUUGGAAAGAAGGCUUGGCACCUAACACAGUCGCGGUGAUCGAUAGCUGCAUUACGGCUGCUCGUGCAACGACCUUGAUCAUGGAUGCGGCUGCGAAACAAAAUCUCAUCGCCACCUACGGCUAUCUCGACGGGGAAUACGUUUUCUCCGCUGCGUUACUCCUCGUCAUGGUCAAUGCUGUCUUUCCACAUAACGAGACUAAUGCCCGGGCGAUGGAGACAGCACUAAAUCUCCUCCACAGUAUGGCCGACCGAGGCAACACCUACCUCGGCUCGCGCCAUUCCUUAUUGCUGGAGCUACGGGCGGCCAUUGGACCCAAAUCCGCUAUUGGCGAUACAGAGAGGAUAACUCCUGCCCUGAAUGUUCCAGCCACUCCAAGAAGUAAUCAGCCGGCUAGUCCAGCGAUACAAGAGAUGGGGCCUCCCCCGCAAGAGCUCCCGGAGGAUUGGCAGCCGUCACUUGAUCUGGCCUCGCUCCAGGAUAUUUCAUUCCAAUUCGAUCUGAACGACGACCCGGCGCUCUGGGAGGGUGCAUUGAACCAAAUUGACAUUGAUAUGGAUACCGAUUGGAUUGAGAGCACAUUGAAACGAUAG